GGCCUUCGUCGUCACCGCAGGUAGCUCCACCCAGACCCAGCUCACAGAUUCACCGCAGGUAGCUCUACCAUCCAGCUCGAGCCAGAAAGAGCACACAUACAUGGCGCACACGACGCAGCAGGAGCGGGACGCGACGACAAGGGAGCUGCUGCGGCAGCUGGUGGCGCUCAAGAGCACGGCGCGCACGCCGGUGCAGGAGGCGAUCUCCAGGGAGCUGCUCGCCAGGACGACGGCGGUGAUCGAGAGGGGCGCCGCGGCGGUGGCGCGCGAGCAGGAGCUGCUGGCGGAGCUGGGGAUGGCGAUGCAGCUGCCGGAGUCGGCGUCGGUGCCGGAGCUCCGCGCGCGCCUGCUCAGGGAGGCCGGGCUCGCCGCCGUGGAGGCCGAGCUCGCCCUCAGGGAGACCAGGCUCGCCCUUAGGGAGCAGGAGACGCGGCUCGAUUUCUUGGAAUCCGUCUUGCAGUCCUGGGAAAGAAGGACCGAACCGAGCCGGGAAGAAGCAGCGAACGCACCAUUAACCGCUACUAGGUAGUUCAGAGAUUGAGCGGGAGUCUGAACGUAGGACGUAGCAACAGCAGAAGCUAGUGUUAGAUCCAUCUUUCCUUUUUUUUUGUUGAGAUGUAAUGGAAUGGAAACAUCCCUGAAUGUCAUAACAAGGGAGCACCUAGUGAACAGUUA